UCACACAUGAGAUCGGUGAUCGGUCUGUCCGCCUCCUGAAGCCCGCACAGGCACACAAGACGUCCGGCGCUCGCUGUUGUUUUUAUUCUCACCCCCGGGUUUAUUCUGAGGGCUUUAGUUCCUGCAGUCUUUCAUGUGGGCUCCGGAUCCGAGGAAGCGUCACCACAGCGGCUGAUUCACACUUUUCUCCUUCCAUAUAUUUAUUUUUCCUUAUUUGUGGCUCCUGUGUCGCUCUCUCGGUUCGGUGGAUCUGCGGCUCCAGAUGCAAGGAGGCGUGAUGGAGAAAAUGUCCCGACAUCCCGUCCCCAUGAACCCGAGUUUUCUCCCCCAGUCCACGCACGGAGUCCUGAAGUCUCUGCUGGAGAACCCGAUGAAGCUGCCGCUGCACCAUGAAGGUUUCAGCAAGGAGCAGGAGAAGGAGAAGAACCUGGAUGAGGAACGUAGCGCCCCCCAGUCAGCCUUCCUGGGUCCCACGCUUUGGGACAAAACGCUGACCUACGAUGGAGACACCUUCCAGCUGGAGUACAUGGACCUGGAAGAGUUCCUGUCCGAAAACGGCAUCCCCUCCAGUCCCUCCCAGCACCACCACAACCAGCAUCAACCACACGCUCCAUCACGCCACCCAACAAACAUUCCCCAAUCCAAGCCGGUGCCAUCAGUGAUGGACCUCAGCAACCAUGCCUCCACCUCUGUACACACGAGCAUCAUCUCUCCGAACUGCCUGCACAGCAGCCCGGCAAGAGCAGGCCUCCCAAGCUCCAGAAACACUCCCAGCCCCAUCGACCCAGACUCCAUCCACGUCCCCGUCGGGUACGAGCCCGACCCCGCCGACCUGGCUCUGUCCAGCGUGCCGGGUCAGGAGAUGUUCGAUCCGCGAAAACACAAGUUCUCUGACGAGGAGCUGAAACCACAACCGAUGAUCAAGAAAGCUCGCAAAGUGUUCAUCCCCGAGGACCUGAAGCAGGAUGACAAAUACUGGGCCAGGCGCAGGAAGAACAACGUGGCCGCAAAGCGUUCUCGGGACGCGCGGCGGCUCAAAGAGAACCAGAUCGCCAUCCGAGCCGGCUUCCUGGAGAAGGAGAACUCGGCUAUGAGGCAAGAGGUGGCCGAGCUGAGGAAAGAGCUCGGACGCAGCAAGAACAUCCUGGCCAAGUACGAGGCACGGCACGGACCGCUGUGAGGACACACACACACUUAAAUCCUCCACACACACACACACACACACACACACACACACACACACACACACACACACUCUCUCCUCUCACAUGGCUCCUCUCACGGCAGGCUAAGAG